CGGGCGCGGAGCGGGGCCGCAUGGCGAGCCUAGUCCCCGCCGCCGCCUCCUCUCCCGCCGGCGCCGCGUCCCGCGGCAAGAAGCGCCCGGCGAGCCCGGGCACCGGCCCUGCUAAGAAAAAGAAGGCGACAGCGCCUGGCGGCUCGCAGAGUGCAAGUGGAGAGGCUGUGAGUGAAAAUAAAUUUCUGAACACAGACUCCAACACAGGAUCAGUGGAAACUACUCCCAAGCCGUUACCGUUUAAAGACCCAAACUUCAUACAUUCCGGCAUUGGUGGAGCAGCAGCUGGCAAGAAGAACAGAACAUGGAAGAACCUAAAACAAAUUCUUGCUUCUGAAAGGGCAUUACCAUGGCAACUAAAUGAUCCUAGCUAUUUUAAUAUCGAUGCUCCUCCUUCCUUUAAACCUGCUAAGAAAUACUCAGACAUCUCAGGACUUCCAGCAAAUUACACAGAUCCACAGAGCAAGCUAAGAUUUAGUACUAUUGAAGAAUUCGCCUAUAUUCGGAUGCUCCCUUCAGAUGUGGUUACAGGAUACCUGGCUCUAAGGAAAGCAACAAGUAUUGUUUCCUGAAUAGGAAUAUUCUUGUGUAUUGCUUGUGAACAGUGCUCAUUUGGAGUAUCAUGAUGGAAACUGACUGUGGGACUAAGAUUCUUUAAAACUAUUUGUGGAUUUUUACAUCUGGAAGUAGUUGGUGAUACAGGCAUUUGAAGAACAUAUGGAUUUAAUUUUCAUAAAUGCUGAUAUUUGUUAGUUUGCCAGUUUGUUAGCAAUUUAGUUUGGUGAACAGAAUAACUUAGACCUUAAGGAUAUGUAUCUGUGCUAUAAUGUCUCAUUUAUAUUAAUUUCUGUAAAGAUAGGAUUUCAUCUCCACGCUGUAUAUUUUAUGUACUACCCUGGCUCAGAAGAAACUGUCAUUUGAAUUGAUGAAAAGGUGACAAGAUAUCCAAAUGUCUAAACCUGCCUUACCAAAUGUGCUUGCCACUUGGCUAUGAAGUUUGUCCCAUCUGUAAAAUGAAGCUAAAAUACCCAGCAAGUGCUGCUGUUGUGAUGACUUUUCAGGGUUCUGUGGCACUGUGGAAAUGAAGACACAAAUUUUUGUACUGAAUUAACUGCCAACGUAAAUAAAGUUGGACACUUUGCA